AUGCCAUUAUCGCUAUUGGAUUUACUAUUAAAUCAUGCUUGGCCAUUCGAUAUGUUAUUAUGUAAAGUCUGGUCAACAAGUGAUGUCCUUUUCUGUACAGCUUCCAUUCUCAAUCUUUGUGUUAUAUCAAUUGAUCGCUAUUUGGCUAUCUCUAAGCCAUUAAAAUAUUCCAGAACGAGAAAUCGUAAAACAGCCGCUUUAUUACUGGGCUCAGUUUGGUUGAUCUCAUUCAUAGUCUGUACCCCACCAUGGAUAUUUCAUUUCGAUGAUUAUCCCAUAACCACUCGUGCGAAUAUUUCUGCACCCACUUCAUGUUUGAAUAUGAUUGUUUGCGGUUAUCCCAGUGGGAUCAUGUACCGAAUAUACAGUUCAAUGGCGAGCUUCUUCAUUCCACUUUUGCUAAUGUGCUCGGUGUACUACAAAAUAUUUCGGAUUAUAUCGACACGGGAAAAAGUUUUGUGGAAGAGCAUCAAUUUGAAAUCAUAUGAUAGAUCCAAGAAAAGCCACACUUCUAGUAGUCUAAGCAAAGACAGGAAUAGCAAUGAACGUUACUAUUCACAGCCUAACGGUAUGGUUUAUUCGGAAGAAGAAUCAAUGUCCGAAAAACAAACAACACACGAUUUAAUGUACAGCGUUAUCAGUGUUGGCAUGUCUGCGCUUAAAUCGAAUUCACUCAAUUCUGAGAUGAAAUCAAAUGAUAGAACAAAGCUACCAGUAAAUCAUAUGGAUACUGAUGAUGGUUCUGUGCUAACGUUAGCCAGAAUAGCACAACAUUGUUACCUCAAGUUACAACCCCGUUAUUUAUUAGCCAAAGCUCAUGAUCGUUAUCAAACUUGUGGCCCUGGAAAAUUUACCCACAAUUCCAGAGAGAAAAUUGUUUACAUGAAAGAACGAAAAGCUCUGAAAACGAUUGCCAUCCUUUUUUUCUCAUUUUCAAUAUGUUGGCUUCCCUUCUUUGUAAUUUACCUGAUCGAAGUGCUAGUGAGCAGCCCUAAUGACAUUAUUUAUGCCACACAAGAAGUUUUCCUAUGGCUAGGCUAUUCAAAUUCUGUAUUGAAUCCAAUAAUCUAUACGAUGUAUAAUCAUGAUUUCCGUCGGUGUUUUCGUGAUCUCUUAACAUUGGGAUUCAUGAGAAAACGACGAUCAAUGAGUAUUCGUAAACUUCAUCAGCAAAGUAACUGUUGA